AUGUCUUCAAUAAUAAUUAAUUUAGGAAUCAUUAUUAAUAUGAUAAUAACGGUUACAUUAGCACAGCAAACGAUCUUACGUUGUUGUCACGGUUCUGUAUUGGCAGAAGGUAGAAUAUAUAUCGGUGGAGGUUAUACAGGAGAUGAAAAUCAAGACAUCAUUUUAAACGAUUUCGUUUCUUUUGAUGUUAGCGUUCCAUUUUCUUCAACUGAUAUGAAGUAUGAAGUUCACGCAAAUGUUCCUAUAAAAAGUGUAGCUCACGCACUUGUGUAUGCGAAAAGUGCAAAGGGUGGAAUGAUUUAUUUGUUUGGUGGUUAUAGAAAAAUUCCUAUUGGAGAUCCAAUUUAUGAAUACUCCCUAGAGAAACAAGCAUGGAGUUCCAUAACACCAAAAGUUAAUAAUGGCAUCACGAUGCCAAUUGAAUCUAGUACUAGGAUUGUCGGUAUUACAGAUAGCAGCUUAGAUACCAUUUACAUAUUUGAUAAUGGAACCAUGUAUAUUUACGAUGUAUUAAAUAAUUUUUGGAAUCCUGGUGUAAUCGCUCCUUACAAACUUAAUUAUUAUGGCGCUGUAAUGUUAAAUACCAGUGAAAUUGCUUACAUUGGUGGUUCUGAUGGUACAACAAACCUUCCUAUGAAUCAGAUCCUCUUAUAUAACACAAAAUUAUCGUUAUGGUAUACAAAGAACGCAAAGUCGAAUGGUGUAAUGCCAUCACCACGGCAGGGUCACACGGCAUCUAUAGCACCAGAUGGUCGGAUUUUUAUAUAUGGUGGUUUUGAUGGUAAUGAAGAUGCGCUCAUUUCCUCCGGAAGUAUUCCAUCGUUCGCAGUCCUUGAGCGCGUUGGUGAUGAAUUUGUAUGGUCCUCUCCUGAGCUAUUUAAUCAGUCAUCUGUUAUGAGGAUCUACCAUACCUCACACGUAGUUGGUGAUUAUUUGAUCGUUGCUUUAGGGCGGAAUUUAACUCACGUUAGAUUGAACACGAUUGAUCUGAUAAACAUAAAGAGUAGAGAUAGUUACGAAAUUGUCACAGACUUUACACCAUCACCAGUCUCAUCUCAAGCUACACUACCUAUCACACCUAUUACAUCAUCACCGCCCAUAUCUUCAUCAUCUUUAUCAAAGAACACCAUCAUUUUAGCAACAGUAUUUAGUACUUCUGUUUUUUUUGUAAUUAUUGCUAGUGCUUUCUACUUGAAAUUAUAUUAUCAACGACGUAAUAUUUUUCCAACCGCUG